UUUUAUUUUUGGUGAUUGCGAAACGUCAAAUGGAUGACUCAAAUCGGGGUUUUUAUUUAUUAUUUCCUUUAUAGCUCCUUUUAAAAUUUAUUUCUGUUUUUGUAAUUAAAACUGAUAUAAUAGCAAGUGCUUUAGAUUAAGUUUUGGUUCUGUGUGUUGUGAAGAGUUGCUGAAAACAUGGAAGACAUAUUUCAGUGGUGCAGAGAAGGAAAUGCCUUACAAGUGAGGGUUUGGUUGGAUGAUACUGAACAUGAUAUGAAUCAGGGAGAUGACCACGGCUUCAGUCCUCUCCACUGGGCGUGCAAGGAAGGGCACCUCAAGAUUGUAGAGAUGCUGAUGCGUCGUGGCGCCCGCAUCAACGUCACCAACAUGGGGGAUGAUACUCCGCUGCACCUCGCUGCGGCACAUGGCCAUAGACCUGUUGUACAGCUGCUUCUCCAAAAUAGAGUGGACGUGAACUUUAUAAACGAGCACGGCAACUCACCGCUGCACUACGCGUGCUUCUGGGGCUACAGCGCCAUCGCUGAAGACCUCGUCAUGGCCGGGGCGCUGGUCUCCCUCGCCAACAAGGACGGCGACACGCCGCUUGAUAAGACCAGGGGGCAGUUGGUACAGAGACUGCACGAGCUAGCAGUGCAACAGGGUCAAGACCUCAAGAAGAUCCAGUUCAAGGACCAGUCGUGGUUGGGCCUCAAGACCCGCAGCCGGGACCCCACGCUCUCCCGCCACAAGGGUAUCAACAUCAACGAGCUGGCGCUGCACACCAGGAUCACUGUCACGCCGUCCGGUGAGACCUGGCGCGGCAGGUGGCAGAAGAACGACAUCGUGGCCAAGAUCCUCGCGGUGCGCGAGUGCACGCCGCGGAUACAACGCGAUUUCAACGAGGAGUUCCCCAAGCUCAGGAUAUUCUCGCAUCCCAACAUACUUCCUGUGGUGGGGUGCUGCGUGUCCCCGCCGUCGCUGGUGGUGAUCUCGCAGUACAUGUCGUGGGGCUCGCUGCACUCGCUGCUGCACGGCGGCGCGGGCGGGCGCGUGGUGGUGGACGCGGGCGCAGCCAUCCGCCUGGCGCACGACGUGGCGCAGGGGAUGGCCUACCUGCACUCGCUGCAGCGGGACAAGAUCCUGCCCACCUACCACCUCAACAGCAAGCAUAUUAUGAUCGACGAAGACUUAACAGCGCGCAUCAAUAUGGCAGACGCGAAGUUCUCGUUCCAAGAGAAGGGGCGCGUGUACCAGCCCGCGUGGAUGGCGCCCGAGGCUCUGAUGAAGCCGGCCGCCAAGAGGAACUGGGAGGCCGCGGACAUGUGGAGCUUCGCCGUGCUGCUCUGGGAACUCGCUACUAGAGAGAUUCCAUUCGCUGACCUCUCCCCAAUGGAAUGCGGUAUGAAGAUCGCGCUAGAGGGUCUCCGCAUCGCGAUUCCUCCAGGCAUCUCCCCGCACGUUUCUAAACUGAUCAAGAUAUGCAUGAACGAGGACCCGGGCAAGCGACCUUCUUUCGAAAUGAUACUGCCCAUACUUGAAAAGAUGAGGCGUUGAGGAAAAAGAUUCUCAAGUGUGAGUCGAUCAGCUGUUCAUUCUGAGAAACGCCAUGUUUUGAGCUUAUUUUUUUUAUGUUGAAACGGCAAUGACGGCGCUAAACUUUCUUCCAUGAAGCGUACUCAUACGAUAUAAUAAUGAACAAUACUACAUACUGUAAUACUUAUACAAAAAGCUCAAAAUAAGGUGUCUACUGAAUGUUGCAUUACAAAGAAUGCUGAAGACACCAAAUGUUAUACUUGGUUCAUGGAAAAUAACUUAAAUAUGAACAUAACGUAGAUAUACAGUGCCAUGAAACUUCAAUACUUAUAUAAUAAAUAAUAAAAAGUACUUUGUACAUGAAAUAAAUCAAAAGGAGUUGAAAAAAAAAAUGUACUUCUAAAAUUAUAAUUUGUAACUGCCAGUAUUUUUAAUUGUUGUCUAUUUAGGUUGUGUUCUAAUCUUAGUAAUUUAUCGCGAUUUUUGAACUUUAUAUUAUUUAAAAAAAUAUUUUACUAAUUACUGAAGGAAAUAAUGGUUUUACUAAUGAUUACAAAUAUAUCUACUAUUAUGAUUUAUGAUAGACAUGUACCUACAUAAUGCAAAUUUAAGGUGCUACAUCAAUGAAUUCAGCAAAUCCCAAAUGAUAUGAAUCUCUUGUUAUAAAUUGUAUGCCUGUUCUUUUUUUGUAAAUUGUAUAUUUUCUAAAUGAGUUUUUGUUUAUUUUGUGACUGUAUACAGCUUAUUUCUUGUAUUCUUAUAAAAAUAUGCUUGUUGUAUGAAAUAGAUGUGCCUUAUGAAAAUAUGCCGAAUAUAAAACGUAAGAGUAUUUGCCUUAUGAAGUUAUGAAAAGUGUAAGAGUAAUGUGUAAAGUAACAAAUUAAAUAUUUUUGAUGUGAAUUAAAAUGUUACAACUUUCAUAAAGUUGUCUAAUAUACUAACAUUUUUUGAAAUAAAAUAGUUAUUUUA